AUGCACAAGGAGGUCUUGAAGGGCAAGUUUGUGCUGCAACUAGACGAAGUCAUCAACAUGGCCGCGGCAGCCCGGGAAAGGUACACGGAUCAGUCAGGGAACCGCUGUCUCAAGUUUGCCUUGACAGAUGGGUGCCAACAGGUGGUCGGUGUGGAGCACGCGCACCUGCCCGCCUUCGCUUGGGACUGUCCAGCCGGCACGAAGGUGAUCAUUCACAACGUCCCCAUUCGCCGUGGGUUGCUGCUCCUGGGCCCAGACAACACGGCUCUCCUGGGAGGGCAGGUGGAGCGGCUGGAGGCGGCCCGGCAACGAGCCGUGGCGGCGUGGACGAAACCUGUUGUGGGUCGGCCAGCGGGCUCAGCUGCGCGGGACAUAUUUGCGGAGGCGCGUCAGGCGGCCUGGGCUCCUGGAGCCCCUACCGGUGCCGCUGCUCAGCAGCCCACAGGGGGCCCCCAGGCCGGGGUGGAGACGGCUGGCGCUGCUGCUGGGGCGCAGGGGGGGAACCCGCAGCAGCAGGCUCCUCCUCCAGCGGCGGCGGCGGCGCUGUUCAUGGUUCCAGCUGGGGGCCCCCCUGCUGGGGCUGGGGCUGGCGGUGGUGGCGGCACAGCGGGCGCUGCCCUUCCAGCACAGCCCCAGCACCCGAUGCACCUCCAGCAGCAACAACAGCAAACGGCAAGCAACGCUGUUGUCCGCGGGCCAGUGCCUGGAGCAGGAGGCCCGGGCAUGGCGACUGCUGCAGCGGCAGGACCUGCCUUGCAGCACCCUCAGGGGAACCCACAAACCCCCCACAACUUCCAACCACCACCACCACCACCACCACAACAGCAGCAACAGGGCUGGCAGCAACAACAGCAACAGCAACAGGACCGACAGGAGCAAUGGCCGACGCAGCCUCGGGGUUCGACGCCGUGGACCCAAGCUGUAGCAAUACCAACAGCAGCAGCAGCGCCGCCGCCGCCAGCAACAGCUUGGCUGGGUCGGUCCACCGACGCUACCCACCCGCAUGCACACGCAAACAGACCAGCUGCCUCAUUUGGGGUUCUGACUACAGCCGCCGCCGCCGCUGGCAGCAGCAGGACUGCUGGUGGCGGCGGCGCUGCCGCCGUCCGGGCCGUUCGCGAAGAUGGCGGUGGCUACGAUGUAAGGACAGCCGCCGCCGCCGCUGUUGCUGUUCGCGGGGAACAGGGUGACAGCAGCGCCUACGCGAUGGAGGUCAUGACCAUCAGCGACUCGGGUUCCGGAGAGUCCCCGCCGCGGGCUUCAAUCAAUCAGCAGCUCCAGGGCCCGGGGGACGGCAUCAACCCACACGCCGUCUCCGUACCGCCUCCGCAGAACCAACAUCAGCACCCAUUCGCCAAUGACCCACCACCGCCGCUGCCACCACCACAGCAGCAGCAGCCCACAGCUGCCGCCGCCGCUGCAGCCGGCGGCGGCUCAUCGGCGGGUGUGUACGGCGCCGGAGCUGGCGCCGUCGGGAGCGUCGCGUCCCGCAAGCCGGCGUUACCAUUGGCCCGAAGCAGCCCGGGGCCAACUGUGUCUUCGCUCGGAUCCGCCGGCCGCAGUGGUGGUGGCGGCGGAGUUGGCGGCUCAAUAGCGGCGGCUCAUAGCCCAACCAAGAGCGUCUCGGUGCUAGGAUGUGGGGCGGUGCAUCGGCGGGCUGAGGCUGCGGCGUCAGGGGCGGCGGCGGCGGUGGCGCAGCCGCACCGUGUGCAGUGCGCACCUGGGGCGGCGGCGCCCGGGGCAGUCAACGGUAGCCGCCUUGGUGGCGCGAUUCACCCAGGAGCCCCGGGUGUAGGUGCAUGGUCUUGGCAAUGUGGGGCGGUGGCUGCCGCCACCGGACACGGCAGCAGCGGCGGCGGGGAGGAGCAGGCUGCCGCAGACGAUUGCGACGGGAUGGUUGAAGGUCAUCAUAGCCGGGACCUGCCGCCGCAGCCGCUGGCGGCGGCGGCGGCGGCCCCGGAUGGGAGCUUCUUUAAAGGCCCCGAGCAGGACGGCUACACUCACGCCCAGGCCCAGCCCCCGCCCCAGCCUGCCAACCACGCCGGCGCGGUGUUGCUGUGCCAGGUUCCUGACAUCCUGCAGCCCGAACCUGACUCUGACACCCCCGUCACGUUCCCUGUGACGCUGGACGUGUACGGCCUGUUUCACGCGCUGGAAGGCACCCAUGCAAUUAUUGAGGACGGUACGGCGAUUGUGGAGGCGGAGUUUGCUGACGGUGCGCUGGCAACAAUUCUCGCCGGUGUGACGGCGCCGGGUGGUUUCAGCCCAGGAGCGCCGAUCGGGCUCGAGGAGCUUCAGGCCAUGGCCGACAGCCCAGACCCAGCCGUACAAGCGCAUGGGCAGGAGCUAGCCUUGCGCGUCAUGGAGUUCAUCCGCGAUUUUUCUGGCAUGAUCCGGCUUGAGUACCGAAGCCCGUUGCCGACGCAGCCGCCCCUUAUUAUUCAGUUGACGAACGAUGGUGACGGUGGGAAUGGAGGCGACAGACCGGGGGGGCCUAACACGUCGCGGGAUGUUGUUACAGCUGCGGACGACGCCACCGCCGGACAACGCGGUCGGCAAGCAGACGGUGACAGUUGCCAACUGUAUGAGGAAUUCUUGCAGGGUGUUGGGGUGUUGGACGCGAGUGGAGAUGGCGACAUGUAGAGGGCACAAAGGUGCUGGGUUUGGGGGAGGAUGAACACCACGAUGACGGGGAACCGACGCAUUUUCGUUGGGUUUUAGGGUGCUGGGGUGUGGGGUGGGAUUUUCAUAUCAUUGUAGCGGCAGCUUGGAAAGAAGAUUGUCAAGUUCUACAACGCGCAGCCGCAAUGAUGUGUGUGCGUGUCUGAGGCAAGGGCUUACCGAGGUCAGGGUGUGCAUGCAUGACGUUCCCGUUACCGCCAUCACCUCGAGACCAAAGCCAUCACUCGUCUACGUUGUCGCACAAUUUCUUGAACUGUCGAUUUUGCUAACUACAUGGCUAUGGCUAUGUGCUGACGAAAAAGACGCUUGCAUAGCUUCGUUAACUCUACUGUUAUAUAGCACGGAAUGCAUGCUCGGCUGUUAUUUUUAAAAAGGGUUGUC